CCACUAUUUUAAGGGAAGAUUUUGAAUGACACCACAAAGUCCCUUGACAUUUUGUUCAUUUACAUGAUUCAAAAUGAUCAUUUACUAGCCUUGUAGACAUGUUACUUAACGAUAACCACUAACCACAAAUCAAUCAUUAACCAUUUCUUAAAUCGGUCAGACUGAAUAGGGUUUGUGGAUUAAAAGUGUCUAAUGUUAUCUUUCCAUGGUAACACAAUUAGCAGUUUAUCAUGUCAUAAUGAUACGAGAUAUCAGUUUAAUGUCAUCUCAUAGGGAAGGGCUUGUUGUUCUUCCAGUAAGCAUGAGUCUAUUUUCUUAGACAUCACGUUGACGUCCAGGUGAUGUUAGAAAAUUCUAGAAGUCCAGUGGUAGAACAACACCGACCAGUUUAUUAAUUCUAUUUGGUAUCAUUAUUUUUAAGGUAUGUUACUGUUGUCUAAGUAGGACAGGCUGAGAUUUGAGUCAGUGGUCUCCGUGGGAGAAAAAACAGGGUUUACAGAAUAUACAGUAAGUUUCUGUCUUGUAAAACUUGGCAACUUUUAGCUCUGAGUACUGUUUUAUUACACUGUGGCACUGUUGGCUAAGUUGAAUCAAAGGGCAAAAGCUCAGAUGAUGGUUCAUAACCAGCUGGGAUCCUAUUUAGGGGUUACAGAUAUCAUAGAGCUCAUAGUCCUUAUUUAUGCAUUUGGGUCACAACCCUCCCUUUCCUCACUGCUCCAGCUCACUGUCAUAUGACACCCAUCCCGUGAUGCAGCAGCCAGCACUUUCCAACUUAGAGCUGCGUCUGGCUGAACUAGUUCAGCCUCUAAGGAAUGUGUUUGUGCAAGUCUGAUGUACUUUGCCCUGCCCCUUCCUUGGAAUAAUAAUGGCCUAACUCAGUGAUCCAGGAAAAACAAUCUUUCAACCAAGACAAAGGCCUUACAUAGUGCUGGAGAGGAAUCUGAGUCAAUCAGCUCAUGAAAAGAAACAAACUUUUCUCAGAGGUACAGAUCUUGAUUGUUAAGACCACUUCUAUGUGGCUCUGCAUGCAUCAAAGGCAUUAAAACCUGAGAGGUUGUUCAUGUUAAUGUGAUUUUUAUCUGGCCUGGACUUGUGAACUUAGACUUGGGAUGUGUUUUCUCAGGCGGGGUCAUAAGAGCUGUUUUGGAGACGGACCAUAAGAUCCACGUCAACCAGUUACACAACAACAAGUGACACUGGUUUCACCUGUUUACUGAAAGAGUGACUCAACCCAUGUUCAUUUCCUUGUUGGAAUUUAAGUGAUUUUGAGGUGAGGCUUACACUCCCAGUCACACAAAUAUCAACAUAUAUGUUCAUCACUAUGGUGUGUCUUGUUUUGUUUUUACAGCCUUAAUUAUUUUUUGUUCUUACAGCAUGAGUCUUGUCAAACAUACAGGUGGCUGCCACUGUGGAGCUGUUAGAUUUGAAGUCUGGAGCUCUCCAGACAUCCUUGUUUUUGAUUGCAAGUAUGUACUCUAAAUUUACAUCCACCCUGAAUCCUGGUUUUGACCACAAAGAAAGAAGGUUCUCAUAUGCCUGUAUUACUUUGGAUCAUGGUAGUCAACUGCCAAACAAAUUAUUCUUAAAGAGACAACAAUUUUAAGUUUAAUCAACAGUUAAUUUUAAUAUCCGAACAAGAAUCUGUGUGCUUGUUGCUAUGGGACAAAAGUGAUUACAUUAUUUUGGCUCUGUUUCUCCAGCUGCAGCAUUUGUACAAAGAAACAAAAUCGUCACUUUAUUGUUCCAAAAAGCUCCUUCAAAAUCUUACAGGUACGCUAAAAUCAAGGAACAAUUUUUUUAAAGUGCCACCUUCAAAUCUCAAGAGCAUCAAGUAAAUAGCUAAAUAUAAAUAUGUAUAUGUUUUCCAGGGAUCCAAUAAUCUAACCACAUAUACGUUCAACACUCACAUCGCUCAACACACCUUCUGUAAAACCUGUUGGGUUCAAAGUUUCUACUCUCCACGCUCCAACCCUGAUGGAUAUGGUGAGUCUGCUCACUGCUGACACGUGAGGGUAACACUAUCCUCAUGUGUUGUAAACAGAUUUCAUCAUUUUUUCAUGUUUACUCUCAACUGAGUUGGUUGUGUUUACAAAAAAUUAUCCACCCAGUCUGCCCUUUAAUGCCCUAUAUUUUUGUAUUCAUGAAAACAGAAGUGACAUUUUCAUGAAUGAUGAUUGACCUAUAUUACAAAACAGUGACGUUAGCAAACUACCUAUGCCACCUGAUAUUUUUCACUUUUCAUCCAGUAAAGCGUACAGAUGUCAGAGGGAAUCGGAGGACAAUUGUAUUUUCUGGUUUUUGAUAAUAUGCUGCUUUUUUCCCUCUAGGCAUUGCCCCACAUUGUCUGGAUCCGGGUACCAUUCGCAGUAUCACAGUAGAGAGGUUUGAGGGGGUCAAGUGGGAAGAUACUAUGCAGUCUCACAAGACAAUCAGGGACAUGUCUAAACCUGUCAUGACAUGUCCUCCAGCAGAGGCCGACCUGGGAGAAAAGAAAUAACACUACCCAGGACAUGCGAAUCAAACUCCUUUUAAUCAGCAGUAUAUCAGAAAUAUUGUACAGUACUUUCAACUUUAAGACUAGAAAGAUAAAACAUGUUCAAACCAUAGUGUUGUUGUAAACAGUGUAAGGACUGAGAAAAUAAAGAACUUCGCGUAGCAAACAGUUGGAGGAACUUUGUUACUUUUACAACAAAGUAACUGUGAGCUUGAUACAUAGAAGGUGCUGAAAAUGAAUUCAGGCUACUUUAGCCAUUAAAGUGUUUUAAGGAAGCCCCAUGUUACCCUAUGAGAAAAACCACAAACAUAUAAAAGUGACUACUACAGUCACCCCUUUAAAGUCACAGUAUAAGAAUAAUAAGGUGGUCAGUUGGACACACAACAGUAGAACAGUCAGUGCAUAUGAAUGAGUUAACAGAGUAGGUAUUUAAUGUUUUUGGUAAUUGUUUAAGUGCUAUGACUAUAUUUCUGACCUCACAUUAAUAGGAAGUCCUCAUUGGAAAAAUGUUUAAGUAAUACUCAGCCCUGCAUGAGGAAAAUGCAGUGAAAGUACAAUUGUGCAUCUCUGUUUGCAGACAUUUUCAGAGUUAUUCAUUCAUCACAGAGUUAGAGAGGUUCAGCAACCAGUUCAUAACUUAACUUAGCAGCUAUCCUUUUGUCUGCUGUGUCAAUAGAUCUUCAGGUUCUUUGGUCCUUGUGGGAUAAUUUGGAAAGUGUUUAUGUACAUAUAUCGAGAGAAUGUGAUGUAGAGGUGACGGAACCACAGGAGUUGGGAGCGAUGGCAAAACAUGGCCGCCUGAAAAAAAAAAAAAAAGAGAUUGUUUGAGGAGUCUAAAUCAACAAGGAAGGUAUUUUGAGAUCUCACUCAACAAGUAACAGUGGUUUAAUCAUGAUGUUUAAUAAGUUUAUUACUUUGACUGAUAAAGGAAACUUUAUCACUCAUUUUUUCGUUGUCCUUUUAAGUUGGUGCUAAAUACAUGUAUGCUUUCUUUAAGUAGACAUAUCUCUGCAAAUUACCAUCACAAUCAUUCAUUUAUAAAGGCAGACAAUGUUCCAGUUGUCCUAAAUAAGUUUAGUUUAUCAUUUUUUAUUGCUGCUGGCAAAAUUUCAUCUAAUGCUAAAGGUGAGAGGAGCUGGUGUGUUCCAGGCUUGUGUAAAUUCAAAAAAUCUGACACUACCUUUUCGAAGCUAUUGAACACAUGGCAAGUAAACUGCAACUAAAAGCCAAGAAACAGUGAAAAUGAUGUGGGAAUCUGGCCGUAAUUUCAAAUUAAGACAUCAUCACUCAGAAGUGUUUUGUGUGUUACUUGUACAAAAGCUACAGGCCCAUAAAUUUAGCAGCAUGGAUUCGAUUCUGACAUGUGGCCUUUUGUCAUUUCUUAGCCUUUCAUCAAAUUCUAUCGAUUACUCUCAGUAAAAGCGUAAAAGCUGAAACAUAUACUUACAAAUAAAAUGUUACUGCAAAUAA